UGUUUGAGCGAGAACACCAAAAGCGGCUUCGUGAGCAUGAAUAUAGCUAGUGAGUUAGCCGGUUAGCGAUUUAUCAUUAGUAUACACAAGUUACAUGGUUAUGUGAGUUUAUUUUUUUAAUUAUAUAUUUACGGUUAUUUAAUUGUUACGUUGGUUGGGUUUUAAAAUGCCUCCCCGGGCCGCUUCUCGGCCUGCUGAGUUGAAGCUAUUUUUUGUGCUUUUGGUCGUCUGUGUUCUGAGUACUGAAAGAGUCUCAGGUAUACAAGAGGAUAAUAAAUUACCUGAAGUGCAGCAGCCCGCUGAGAAAGCUCCAACUGGUCAACCUGCAGCUCCAGCCAUCAGUCUAGAAGAGCCUAGUAAAGGAAACCUGGGAUUUAUCCAUGCGUUUGUGGCAGCAAUUUCGGUCAUCAUCGUCUCCGAACUCGGAGAUAAGACUUUCUUCAUCGCUGCCAUCAUGGCCAUGCGCUAUAACCGUCUCACUGUCUUGGCAGGAGCCAUGCUAGCGCUGGGUCUCAUGACCUGCCUGUCAGUCCUUUUUGGUUACGCCACCACUAUUAUCCCACGGAUCUACACGUACUACAUCUCCACAGUGCUGUUUGCCAUCUUUGGCAUCAGGAUGCUGAGAGAGGGGCUGAGGAUGAGCGCUGAUGAAGGCCAGGAGGAGCUUGAGGAAGUACAGGCUGAGAUUAAGAAGAAAGACGAGGAGCUUCAGCGUUAUAAACUGGCCAACGGGGCUCCUGAUGUCGAGGCGGGGGCAGCGGCGGCCAUGUUGCCUCAGAGGAAGUGGCACAAUUUUAUCUCUCCCAUCUUCAUCCAGGCACUCUCACUCACUUUCCUCGCAGAGUGGGGUGACCGCUCUCAGCUCGCUACCAUCGUUCUGGCUGCACGGGAGGAUCCAUUUGGAGUGGCGGUGGGUGGAACUCUGGGCCAUUGCCUCUGCACAGGCCUGGCUGUAGUUGGUGGAAGGAUGGUGGCUCAGAAAAUAUCAGUCAGGACUGUUACGAUCAUCGGUGGAAUCGUGUUUCUCGCCUUUGCUUUCUCAGCCCUCUUCAUCAAGCCGGAUACAGGAUUCUGAAAUGACGGCAGACUUUCUGGGUUCAAUCUGUAAAUACCAGCUCUGAAGUGCUGUAUUCACAAAGACGGACUGUACACCAUCGAGGCUGCCAGCUGAAUGGUGGGGUGUGUGUUACUGUUUAGACCCAGUCAUGCAGCUUUUGGUUUUUAUUUUUUUCUAAUUGUGUGUUCUUCAAUAAUGGUUUAAUUUCCUUUACUUUGGUCCCCUAUCAAGUUCAUUGUAUCUUCUGUCAGUUUUUAUUUUCUUCCCAUCAUGACCAUGAACCUACAGUCAGUGUGUAUGAGCUCUUCAGGCUGUUUGAAUGCAGUGUGCAUUCAGGUGACAGUUUUACAGCGCAGCUCAAUAAUGAAUACAUGCUGUACAAGGAGCCAGUGCCCAGGUUGAGAAGUAAUUAUGUACACCAGUGUGUCCUUUCACUCAGGAAAUGAUGCCUGUUUGCAGUAAAAUGCAGUGAGUCGUCUCACCAGUCAGACCCUGAAGCUUUAGUAGAGCGUGUGAUAUGUAAUGGUUUUGGCAAUAAAUGCAGCCAGGAACCACCUACUUUUGACGACUGAAUGCGUCAAACUGAACUAUUUAAUAACUUUUUUUUUUUUUUAGAUGGUAUUGCGUUACUGUUUCUCGGCCCAAAAACUAAGUGUGAAAAGCCAGUCAGAUCUCAACUUCCAAGAUCCUGAAUCUUAGUGUGCAAAAGAGAUCAGGUUCUCUGUAUCCCAUGGCUGUAUCAUAUCCCACACACUUCAUUUUAUAUGUUAACUGCUUCAGCCCUGCAGCUCCUGUGUAAAGCUAAAGAGGCGAACUUCAUUCAGGAAUUGCAUGUUAGCAAAGCGACUCCAGUUGGAAAAAUCCAUCCUUCAGUUGAGCCGUCUUAAGACGUCGGCAACAUUUUAAGUAAAUCCCUUUUAUGCUUGAUUUUUUUCAGUACUUCCCUUCCAAGAAAAUGAAUAGUUGGUCUAGGAAAAAAAAUUGCUGUUUUGUUCAUGUUUAGAGCAUUGAUUUUGAUUUUUUUUUUCCUUCGUCCUGUUGUCCAAGUACUGUAGAAUUGUCAGGGAAGACAUUGCUGGGUUUUGUACAGGUUAAGGUGACGUGUCAAUAUUUGACUGGACUUAUUCAUCUGGAAAGGGUAAUUAAAUUAAAUUAACUAUUCAUUGUGCAGAGGAGUUGACUGUAAAAAUUCAUGUAAAUAAUAAAUUACUGUCUAUGGC